AUGAGCAGCGCGGCUGCGGUCCGGCAGCGGCCGCCGCGGGGGCCGUCCAUGCGCGGCAACUCGCGCUCGCGGAUGGAGGUCCCGGGCAGCGAGCAGCCCCCCGUCCCGUCGACUUCCCUCCUCGUCGCCGUGCGCGUGCGGCCCCUGAGCAAGGGAGAGAUCGGCCUGGGCUCGAAGUCCAUCGUGAAUGCCGUGGACGACCACAUGGUCAUCAUCAUGGACCCGGACGAGAGCAAGGACUACCUCGACCUCGUCCAGAACCGCACGAAGGAGAAGAAGUAUAAGUUCGAUGUGGCCUUCGGCGCCGAGACCCCCACGCGGACCGUCUUCGACCGCACGUGCUCCUCCAUCGCCGCGGGCGUCCUCGACGGCGUCAACGGCACCGUCUUCGCGUACGGCGCCACAGGGAGCGGCAAAACCUAUACCAUGGUCGGGCACCAAGACGACCCAGGCCUGAUGGUUCUGUCGAUCAAGGAGCUGUUCGAGCGCGCGCGCGACCACUACCGCGACGACGACGUCACGAUUUCGUGUUCGUAUCUCGAGGUGUACAACGAGGUCAUUUACGAUCUGCUGGUCGAGGGGUCGGCGCAGCUGGAGCUGCGCGAGGACCCGUCGAUCGGCAUCGUGGUCGCGGGGCUCACGCGGACGCAGGUCAACAGCCCCGCGGAGGUGCUGCGCGCGCUGCAGGACGGCAACCUGCGGCGCAAGACGGAGCCGACGGACGCGAACGCGGAGUCGUCGCGGAGCCACGCGGUGCUCGAGGUGAGCAUCACGCGGCGCACGCGGAACGCGUACCUCCAGCGCGAGACGCGCGGGAAGCUGUGCCUGGUCGACCUGGCCGGGUCGGAGCGCGCGCACGAAACGAAGAACGAGGGCAAGAAGCUGCGCGACGGCGCGAACAUCAACAAGAGCCUGCUCGCGCUCGCGAACUGCAUCAACGCGCUCGGCAAGAAGGGCUCGCACGUGUACAUCCCGUACCGCAACUCGAAGCUCACGCGGCUGCUGAAGGACUCGCUCGGGGGCAACUCGCGGACGGUCAUGGUGGCGACAGUGAGCUCGGCGAGCAGCCAGUACCUGCACUCGGUCAACACGCUCAAGUACGCGGACCGCGCGAAGGAGAUCAAGACGCACGCGGUGCAGAACAUCGGCACCGUCGAGCAGCACGUCACGGAGUACCAAAACAUCAUCGACCGGCUCCAGGCGGAGCUGCGCGAGGCGCGGCAGAAGCUCGCGGCGCGGCACACGAACUCCCUGCACCGCUCGAUGGCCCUCGGCGACGACAUGCUCGCGUGGCUCGAGGAGACCACGCAGGCCAUCGCGGACAACGUCGACGCGCGCAUCAACCUCCAGAAGGCUCUGCUGGAGAUUGAGGAAAUGAACCUGCACAACCAGGCGGAGCUCUCGCACGUGCGGGAGGCGCUCGCGCGGCCGGGGCUGGCGCCGUCGUCGCGGCGGGAGCUCGAGUCCGAGGAGCGCGACCUCGAGGAGGCCAUCCGCGAGAACGCGGAGGAGCAGCGCGGGUACGUCGAGGAGCUGGCCGACAACGAGCGGGAGAACCGGGGGAUCAGCGAGCGGCUCGACAACGCGCUGAACCAGCCGGGCGGCCAGGCGCACGGCGGGUUCUACAACAUCCUGUCGUCCUUCCGCGUCCAGGCGCUGCAGCUGCAGGAGGCGCGCUUCCAGGUGGCGGCGCGCGACCAGAUCAUCUCGCAGCAGCGGUCGACGAUCCAGGCGCUCUGGCAGAUCCUCGCGGCGGCCGGCAUCGGGCAGGACGACGCCGUGGAGCUCGCGCGGCAGCAGGGGGUCGCGGUGCGCGCGCCGGACGUGCUGCGCGGGUCGCAGCACACGUCGGCGCCGUCGGCGGCGGAGAGCGCCCUCUCCGACGGCGCGGCGCGGGCGCGGGCGGCCGGGCCGGACGCGGAGCAGCGGGCCGCGGCUGCGGUGGGGAUCCGUGCGCUCGGGGGCGGCGCGGCGGCCGCGGGGCGGGCGAUGGGGAUGGACCUCAACGCGUCGUUGAUGGGCAAUCGCGCAAACCUUAUGUACGAGUUGAUGAAGCGGCAGGAGGCGUCGGCGGGCGCGGACGGCGCCGCGACGGCGCGCGACGGCGACGCGAGCGACGGGCAGGGCCGCGGGCGGCGCGUGCAGUCGGCGCGGCGGGCGUCAGCAGCGCCGCGGUGCGCAGGGCGCCAAGCCCGGGGGCGCGCCGCGCCGCUCCGGCGACCCGGGUGCGGUCGGUCCGUCGGGCCUCCCCGCGCUGCCGGAGGGCCCCUCGGGGCGCGAGGGCAGCCACGCGUCGGAGCUGUCGGAGAUCUCGCCAGACGGGGCCAACGGCAGCGCGGGCCCGCCACGCUCGUCGCAGGGGUCGCAGCCGCCGGCGUCGCGGCCGCGGCACCAGCGCAGCAGCUCCGCGGCGCUCGAGGCCGCGACGCCGCCGACGCCGCCGCUGCACACCGGCGCGAGCCCUGCGCGCGGGCCACCACGCACUGCUGGGAGUGGGGUCACGCCGGCCACGCAGCCGACGGCGCCCGCGCCGCCCGCGGCCGGCGCGAACGAGACGCCCGAGUGGCUCCUGCCGGACGGCGCGCAGGACCCGCACCCGUGGGGGCUGCAGCUGAAGCGCCAGCCGUCGUCCAACGCGCUCCCGCCGCAGCGCCUGUCGUCGUCCAAGUCGUUCCGGUUCCAGAACGCGCCGCCGCCGGGGGCGCAGGAGGGCCGGCGGUCGUCGCGCCGGAACCCGCCGGGCGACGGCAGCGGCGCCGCGGAGGCGGACCCGCCGCGGACAGCGGGCGAGAGGGACAAGGGGGGUGUUCCGCCGCUGCGGCCGGGGGGGGAGUCGGUGACGGCCCUCCCGGGGAUGGACGCGGGCGGGGACGGCGCGCAGGGGCAGAACGGGCUGCUGCAGGCGGGCGACAGGAACGCACGGCGCCGCAACGCGCUGGUCGCUCUCAGCCAGAAGCGGCUGGCGGUGCGGCGGAGCGUGGCGGCGAACUCGAGCGGCGGCGACGCCUAGGUCGUGCGCGGGCUCUGCGGCGUGUGAGACCGGGUGAUUGGGCGUCGUUUCGUCACAACGGCGGUUGUCUUUCGACCCGCGCAUGCGCGGGGAGGUGA